UUCAAACUCAAUUUCACACCCCCAUCCCCAAAGAACCCUAAAAAUCUCUGAUCUCAACCCGACCCAUUUCCUGCCGGCCCCAAAAACCCAAACCCACUUUCCACCCGACCCAAAAUCGGCGCCGAUCCGAUCUUCCCGGGCUCCUCCCAUUACCAGAACCCAACUUCGGAGCUUCGAGAACAGUUGGGUCGGGCACAGACACGCAGAGAGGGGGAGAGAAGAGUACAGGGGAGAAGAAAUGUACAAGAACCAGCUGCAAGAGCUGGCCCAAAGGAGCUGCUUCAACUUGCCUUCCUACACGUGCAUUCGGGAAGGUCCGGACCACGCGCCCAGGUUCAAGGCCACCGUCAACUUUAACGGCGAGAUCUUCGAAAGCCCUCACUACUGCACCACUCUCCGCCAGGCCGAGCACUCCGCCGCCGAGGUCGCCCUCAACUACCUCUCCAAUCGCGGCCCAUCUCACUCUCUUGCCGCUAGGAUUCUGGAUGAGACGGGGGUUUACAAGAACCUCUUGCAGGAAAUUGCUCAAAGGGUAGGAGCUCCGUUGCCGCAGUACACAACCUUCAGGUCUGGCCUUGGCCACCUACCUGUUUUCACCGGGGUAGUUGAAUUGGCUGGAAUCACAUUUACGGGGGAACCUGCCAAGAACAAAAAACAAGCAGAGAAGAAUGCAGCAAUGGCAGCUUGGUCGUCUUUGAAACAAUUGGCAAAGGAAACUGCAAGCUCUUCGUCUGAGCCAGAGAACAAUGAUGAGCUGGAACAGAUCACUAUAGCACGAGCCUUGCUCAAUUAUCGUAUAAAGGAAAAGAUGACGAUGGCAAAUCCAACUGCUCCAAUUCUAUUUCCAAAGAAGUUUCCAGUUCAGAACCGCAGACCUACAAGUCCACAACCUCCUCCUGCUCACACCUCAAAAAUACUGCCCUUAAUUUGCCAAAAGCAAGCUUCCCGGAGCAGGUACCAAUCAAAUGCAACACAUGAUAAUCGUGUUGCUUCAUCACAGGCUUCUCCACUAGACAGCCGUGUGAUGCGUCCCCACAGAUUCCCUGCUGCAGGAGCAGCUCCUUAUGUACCCAUUAGACAAUUGAGGACUCCUUGCCAUGGAAUUGCACCACCGGUGACAAUAAGAACAGCAGUGCCUGUGUUCUCAGCACCACCACUUCCGCCACCUCAUGCAAUGCCCUGCCAAACAAUGCGUAUUCCACCUGUACGUGUGGCUCCUCCUGUCACAAUGAGGCAGGCUGUACCUGUAUUUUCUGCUCCACCGGUUAAGAAAGAUGAUCCACCGACCACUCGGAAAGAAGAAUCUCCAGUCAUUGUGAAAGAAGAUCCUCCAAUCAUUGCGAAAGAAGAUUCCCCAAUCAUUCUGAAAGAAGAUCCUCCAAUCAUUCCGAAAGAUCCUGCUGCUGUUAUUGCUCCCGGUGUGCAGAAUAAACCCAUAGGUCAAGUAGAGGAAACUGUAAGAGCAGCUGCCGAUGAUUUGGUGGAAUCGAAGACGGUUAAAAUCUUGGAACAACUAAAAAUUUGAUGGUCGUCGGGAAGAACUUAAUCCGUGGGAGGUAUAAGUGGUUGUGUUGGCCAGAAGUUCGUCCUGUCAUAUUUCUCAUCUUAUUAUAUGCUUUUUUUGUUGCUGUUGCCGGUCUUUUCGCUAUCGUCUACCCUUUUUGUUCUGUUAAAACUUCAGUUGGGAGGUUGGUUUAGAAUUAGAAAAUCUCAUAUCUAUGCUCUUCAAAAGUAUCUGUGCCCGUUACUUAAAUUACUAAUUCUGCGUAGGGAAGUGAUUUCCGCAUUCGCAUGA